UGAUGGCUGCAUCAUACUGGUCCCUCUUAAAACCAGCUAUAGAAAUUGCCACCGAAUCUCAAAAUUAUGGUGCCGAGGGCGAAUUUGUAGUUAUUCCCAUUGGAUUUGGUUUUCUAAUGGGUGCAUUGUUUGUGUUUUUGGCUGACUUAUAUUUACCAUGUUGUGAAAAUUUUGCAAAAGUAGCUCUCAAUCCUGAUAUUUGUCAAGAAAUGGGAAAAGAUGGUUAUGUGGUAGAUAGGAAAGAUUCUCAAAGACAUAAAAGGCAUCGUACAAACUCUAAAAAUGGACUUCACAGGCGUUACAGACCUAGCAGUGAUAGUGAUGAUUUUGAAGUAGAGCCUGUCACAAAUAAUUUGCUUGAUGUUAGAUGGCGGAGAAUUUUAUUGCUUAUAAUUGCCAUAACUGUACAUAAUAUACCUGAGGGACUUGCUGUUGGAGUAGGGUUUGGAGCUGUUGGGAAAACCAAAUCUGCAACUUUUGAAAGUGCGAGGAAUCUUGCUCUUGGUAUAGGAAUUCAAAAUUUUCCUGAAGGUUUAGCAGUUAGUUUACCAUUACAUGGAGCUGGUAUGUCUAGAUGGCGAAGUUUUUGGUUUGGUCAGUUAAGUGGCCUGGUUGAACCAGUAGCAGGGUUGAUUGGUUGUGUAGCAGUCACAGUAGCUGAACCUAUUUUACCUUAUGCUUUAUCCUUUGCUGCUGGAGCUAUGAUAUAUGUUGUAGUUGAUGACAUUAUACCUGAAGCUCAAGUACAUUCCAAUGGAAAAUUGGCUUCAUGGUUAACAAUAAUUGGUUUCCUUGUGAUGAUGUCACUAGAUGCUGGACUAGGAUGAAAAUAAUAUAUAUAUAGUAUAAUAUUUAAUAUAGGAUAUAUUUUAACAAUCACUGUGAAAGAUCUCCUGUUUGAAUUAUAUGUGAAAUCGUGUCUUUUGGGGUACAAAGAAUAUGUGCUGGUAUUAUUAAUAUAUAAUACAGAAUUUUCAUUCUAUGCACAUAAAUUAAAAACAUUUGUACAGAAACAAAUAUAUUUUUAUUUGAACAUGAGUAAUUGUGUAGAAGUUGUCACAUUUAUCUAAAACUAGCAGAAUUGUUAACCCACCUUCUAAUAUAAUUUUCAAAUAUUAGUAAAAUAAUUUUUCACUUGAAUAUGUACCAAAAAAUUUAUGAUAUUGAAUUAUGUUAUCAAAGAGUUGAAUAAACUCUCAGUAUUCCAUAUUUGAAAAUCCUUGAAUAUUUAAAAAAAUAAAUAAAAAACUGAUGGUAGAAAAAGUUUAGAGAUUGCAACAGUAA